AGGAGCAAGAGGAAAAAAAAACAAUCCGUGCUUGACGCCAUCUUGAAUCCAGGCUAUGCGCUGAAUGAGGAGGAUACUGCUGGAAACAAGUGUUGUUGCCAUUGCUGUUCAAGGAGACUCACGACAGGACAGCAGCAAGUUGGCAGCGAGGCGCUAUCAAACGUCUAAACGAAUCGUCAGUAGCCGUCAGCUGUUCGUUUGAACUCACGGUGUCCCACGGUAGAGUGCAUUUGGAAAAGACUGUUUUGGACUUGACAACCAAAUUGGGACCUGCCAAGCUGGAUGAGCAACGACAACCUCUCUUCGCAAGCUAGCUCACUGGCUAACUACCUACCACUAGUCUGCUAUAUAACUAUCACUUCUUCGGCGAAUCGGUGAAGUCGGGCAGUGCUCCUGUCAGGAAGGCAAAUUCAGCUGUCAUGAGAGAAACACUCUGGAAUUCAUAACGUUGAAGUAGGAUCGCUUGGCUAUCCUGUCAUUUGCUCGGGCCAUUCUGUAUGCAUUGCUUUCAGGAGCAUUUAACGUUACACGUUUUGCACAGUUGCAAGUUAAUGGAUUUAACGAAAAGGAAUGAAUCAGAACCAAUUCAUUAUUUGAGAUAAUUAUUAAUCUAACCAUAAACCGUGUAGUCUGUGCGUUGUCAUAUCUUCAUUCAUUGAGAGCCGAGUUAUGGAGCUGCCUGUCAAGAUAAAGAACUUCAUGCAUGCAGGGACCUCGGACUGAGUGACUCGUGUUAUUGCAUCGUGUUUUCUCAACUGGGAAUAACUGCUCAACAGACCUUUUGAAACAGAUUGGCCUAUGGGAAUACGUUUUCUCACAUAGGAGAGAGACAAAAGACAAAACGAGCUUUUUGUUUUAUUCUCUCAUCACUAGCGAAGAUAUGGACCCACAUAAAUGAACGGACAGCCAGCCGUGGGUCCGCUCGUAGCUAGCGUGCGUCUACGCGUAACAGAAGGCUGCAGUAAGCGGACAGUAACAUCGUUGAAUGGGGACAUGUAAUUAAAAAAGACCUAUGCAAUACCAACAUAUACCCUCAUUACCGAUAUUUCCACUUUGGAUACCGGCAAUAGCUUCGACUUUGUAUUGUGUUUCUUUUUCACGAUAGCCGCGGUGCGCAGUGACAUGGUUGUCCCAUACAGUACUGUAAGCAUCGUAUCAUCGAGAGGGCCUGUUUCGAUAUUAUCUAUAAUUCGACACGCGCCGUAUGGCCAUUAUCAGCCAGUCUUGGCGUUCAUUUAAACAACAGAUCACCAGAAGAGCUGGAUAUUUCAACGGUUUUUGAAACGGUCAUCCAUGUAAAGCGACGGCGACUGAAAAUAUUUUUCUUCUGAGCAAGGACAAGAUCAUCAACCUGACGUGACUGUAAGGAUUUUAUCUGAGGGGUCGACCGGGGAGCGAAAAAUGGGAGCAGCUACAAAAUUGGCAUUCGCCGUUUUUCUCAUCUCCUGUUCCUCAGGUGCCAUCCUGGGCCGCUCGGAGACGCAGGAGUGUGUGUUCUACAACAUGAGCUGGGAGAAGGACCGCACCAACCGCAGCGGCAUCGAGCCGUGCUUCGGCGAGAAGGACAAGCGACGCCACUGCUUCGCCACCUGGAAGAACAGCUCGGGCACCGUGGAGGUCCUCAAGCAGGGAUGCUGGCUCGACGACGUCAACUGCUACGACAGCAGUGAGUGUGUGGAGAGGAAGGAGGCGCCGGAUGUGUUCUUCUGCUGCUGUGAGGGGAACAUGUGUAACGAGCGCUUCAUGCACAGCCCAGACCCACAGGCUGCACAGGGGAAGUCUACUACACACAGCCAGAGAACAGCGACAUCUAACCCGUACCCCCAGAACCCUCAGCUGUUCAACACGCUGCUCUACUCGCUGGUGCCCAUCAUGGGCAUCGCUGCCGUAGUGCUCUUCUCCUUCUGGAUGUACCGCCACCAUAAGCUGGCAUACCCACCUGUCCUUGUGCCAACCCAGGACCCAGGGCCCACGCCCCCCUCUCCUCUGUUGGGGCAGAAGCCACUGCAGUUGCUGGAGGUCAAAGCUAGGGGGCGCUUUGGCUGUGUGUGGAAGGCCCAGCUGCUCAAUGAAUAUGUGGCUGUUAAAAUCUUCCCCCUACAGAAUAAGCAGUCGUGGCAGAAUGAGUAUGACAUCUACAGCUUGAGUGGCAUGAAGCAUGAGAACAUUCUGCACUUCAUCUGUGCCGAGAAGAGAGGCAGCAACCUGGACUCGGAGCUGUGGCUGAUCUCUGCCUACCACGAGAAGGGCUCACUGACUGAUUACCUGAAGGCCAACGUGUUGUCCUGGAACGAGCUGUGCCACAUUGCCCAGACCUUGGCCCGGGGCGUGGCUUACCUCCACGAGGACAUCCCCGGACUGAAGGACGGCCAUAAGCCCGCCAUCGCUCACAGGGACAUCAAAAGUAAGAACGUGCUUCUGAAGACCAACCUGACGGCCUGUGUGGCAGACUUAGGCCUGGCGCUAAAGUUUGAGGCAGGCAAAUCAGCUGGGGAGACGCACGGCCAGGUGGGCACGCGCCGCUACAUGGCGCCUGAGGUGCUGGAGGGGGCCAUUAACUUCCAGCGGGACGCCUUCCUGCGCAUCGACAUGUACGCCGUGGGCCUGGUGCUCUGGGAGCUCGCAGCGCGCUGCACGGCCGCAGACGGGCCGGUGGAUGAGUACAUGCUGCCGUUUGAGGAGGAGGUGGGGCAGCAUCCAAAUCUGGAAGACAUGCAGGAGGUGGUGGUCCACAAGAAACUCAGACCCGUGCUGAGAGAGUGCUGGCAGAAACAUGCAGGCUUGGUCAAUCUGUGUGAGACCAUUGAGGAGUGCUGGGACCACGAGGCGGAGGCGCGUCUGUCGGCGGGAUGCGUGGAGGAGCGGGUCAUCCAGAUGCAGCGACAGACCAGCCUCAUCGCCCCCGAGGAGAUCGUCACCGUCGUCACCAUGGUCACCAACACGGACUUCCCUCCCAAAGAGUCCAGCCUAUGAUGGCUGAUCGGCACGUAAAGGGGGCGGCGGCAGGAACAAGUGAAGAACAAUGGAACUGACCAAUCAGACACCGGCCCCAUCCUCACCUCCACUUCCUGAUCCCCCCAACAGAGAGGCGACCUUUGUCUGACCUCCCAGACUGGUUGCUGGGGGCAUCGGUGGUGUUGUGUUGUUUGUGUGUGUGCAGCAUGGGGUGGAUUAGGCUUUCACAUGUCCCGCCCUCCCACACCUCUUCUCAUUCAGGAAUAUCUGCACCCGCACCAGGGGGCGCCCUUGUACCAUCACCUCAUUCAAUAAAACCUCUCAUCGUC